UUGGUGCUAUCAAAUUUUAGCGCUAACGGGGCUGCGCUAAAUGCUAAGAUGGUUAACCCAAAUCUAUCCCAUGUAAACCGUGCUAGACGCCUUUCUUCAAAGUUUCCCAAUUUCUAUGAAACGCAGUCAGCAAAGAAAAAUAAGCUCCAUGCCUUUCUAACCCCAAGAAAACCACUAACUACUAGAUUAACUAAAUAUGAGCCUAGAUUGUUUGAUAAGGAGCGCGUCGCCCUUACGUUUAACGACGUUAGAUCCGAAGAUGAAGAUAGCGAUGAAAAACUUGGCAAAGAAUUUUCCUCUUUGAAUCUUCACUUGCCUGGUCAGCUUAGCGUUGGCUUAAAGCUGGAAAUGUUUGAGGGCAAUUUUACUCAAGCAGCUCGGCUUCGAUUCUUUGAUGACUCAGAUCUUUUCGUACACUAUGAAGGAUGGGGCGUGGAAUAUGACGAGUGGGUUCCAAAAUCUCGUGCUAAACUUCGAGAAUCCAACUCAAAGUACAUUCGAUUUGGCCCAAAUAAAAGCGAAAGCGACUUAGACUGGGACGCUAUAAAAAGCCGCGCCGCGCAGGCGCAAAAGGAAGGUCACACGGGGAUCGUGUUUGAUUCAACAAUGCUAUUGCAUGAGUGCACGUGCGAUGAACCCGAACUUUGGCAUCCUGAGCAACCUGAAAGAGUAGUGCGGUUGUUAACUGCGUUAGACACGGAAGGGCUUCUCGAUCUCUGCAUCAAAGUGAAGCCACGAUUGGUUACUGAAGAAGAACUAGCGCUGGCCCAUCACCCUAGUCAUAUUCAAACUUACGGUUUGGGCUCCGCGACGUACCCUAAGGUCGCCCCCACGCUGGAGGUUAUGGCUUGCGGGGGCUCUGGGCUUGCAUGUGACACCGCUUAUAAUACUCUCUACACGCCGCCUGCUGCCCUCAUGGCCUCCGGCUGCGUGGUCGAGUUGGUCAAAGAAGUUUUGACAGGCAAUCUGCGUAACGGAUUUGCCAUAGUGAGACCCCCCGGGCACCACGCUGAGCCCAACGAGGCCUUAGGCUUCUGCUAUUUUAACAACGUUGCCAUCGCGGCAAAAGUCGCUUUGCGGACUUAUAACAUUCAGCGCGUAUUAAUUGUCGAUUGGGACAUUCAUCAUGGCAAUGGGACUCAAAGCAUUUUUUAUGACACCAACGAGGUCAUGUAUAUUUCCGUCCACAGGCACGACAACGGCACUUUCUAUCCAUUCUCGGGGAAGAUUGAAGAGCACGGAGUUGGUGUAGGAGAGGGUUUCAACGUUAAUAUCCCUUUCCAGAAUAAGAACGGUAUGGGCGAUAUAGACUAUCUAGCAGCCAUGCACCACGUGAUACUCCCCAUUGCUCGCCUCUACCAACCCCAGCUGGUCCUUGUCUCUGCAGGCUUCGAUGCAGCUGAAGGGGAUGCCAUUGGUGAAUAUCACGUCUCCAAAGAAGGCUUCUCUCACAUGACUCACUUGUUGGGUGCUCUUGCACAGGAGAAACUAGUAUUGUGUUUGGAAGGCGGCUAUGACGUUGAUGCCUUGUCCUCGUGCGCGAAGGCCUGCUUAAGAACACUAUUAGAUGGCCGACCGACCCUUCUGCCCACUGUCUCUCCCAUAAAAGGGAAGCGACUCUCGCCUAGCAGACAAGCCACCAGAGUUUUUAAAAAAGUGCUUGAAAGCCAAAAAAAGUAUAUGCCCGACUUGGCCACCCCGGAUUCCUUUGUACUCCCAACAGAUGAAUAUAUUACAAUAGCUAAAGGACUGAUAAGAAAAGAGGGCCGCUUGCGCCCUCGCCGUUCUUAAACUAGUUGCCACGUAUAUUAUAGAAAACUGAAAGUUAUAAGUUGUAGUCAUCCUUCAAAUUUUGUUAUAAGAGCCGUUAGGAAUUUACCACCGAGAUAGUAAAUGUAUAGCAAAAAUGAUUACCUGUGCAUAUACUUUAAUAUCAAAAAUGAUA